CACACACACAUUUGUGAAAGGCAGGACCAUAGGAGAAGGACGGGUUUGUUAUACACACACACACCUACUUUAUCUCACACACCCUGCAAUCAUGAAAGUGCUGACUGCUCUGAUCGCUGUCUCUCUCCUCCUGAGCCUCUCUGAUGUCGUAUCAUCAGAUGAACGGCCGCAGCCCAGAGAGGCCGAGUGUGAAAAUUAUCCCACUUUGACGUGCACCCGCGAGUUCGACCCCGUGUGCGGUGACGACGGAGAAACCUACUCGACCGAGUGUGUCCUCUGUGUGGAAAAUAAAAAACGGAACCAGCAUGUGAAGGUGAUGCACAAGGGAAAGUGUGAAAGUUCUUAAGUCUACCACACAGAAGAAGACCAGGAGAUCUCUUCACUGUUUGCUAAUCAUAACAGCUCAAAAAAAAAAAAAAUUUCAUUUCAUUUGACUAAAUUGUAGACGAUUAAAAUAUCGAAGCAUGA